AUGGCCCAGGCCCCCGGGGACCCUGAUGAAAGAGACCUUGAGCAGAGGAUCCUGCAGGUGCUGAGGGAUGCUGGCUCCCCCAUGAAGUCUUUCCAGUUGGCAAAGGAAUGCCAAGUGCCCAAGAAGAAACUCAACCAAGUCCUCUACCGGAUGAAGGAAGAGUCCAAAGUCUCCCUGGAAGGCCAGGCGAUGUGGGGCCUGGGCAAGGGCAGGACUGAAGUGGAGCCCUCAGAGCUGGCCCAGCCCAGCCAGGCAGAGAGGCCCCAGCAAGGCACAGUUACCGUUCCACAGGAAGCUGGCUCUUGGCUCACUCAACAGCGGGAGGAAGACAUCUACAGGAUUCUGGAAGCCCAUGGGCCCUGUAAGGCCCUGACCAUCUCCCAGAAGCUGGGAAGGAAGACAGCAAAAGAAGUCAACCCAGACUUGUACGCUAUGAGGAGGAAGCAUCUUCUGGACUUGGAUGAGAAGUCAAGUACAUGGGCAAUUUAUCAACCAGAUUCGGGAGGAAGAAAUCCGGCCACUGAGAUUAUUUACCAGAAAAAUUCAAUCAACAUAAUCUGUCAGAAUGGACCAAAUAACCACAUUUCCAUUGACAACUCUGAAGCCAUCCAGAUUGGACAUGGGAAUGUCAUCAUGAGACGGGCAGCCUCUGGAGAGAAUAGCUCCAUGGCUCCCCUCGAACUCCCCCCAGUGGCGUCAGCUGAUCCCUCAACUCAGAGUUCCCCGGCUGCAGCCUGGGGACCCCAGGACAUCCACUUGGAGAAGUCUGUGCUCAGACGGGUACAGAUAGGACAUGGCAACAAGAUGAACCUCAACGGUGCCCAGGCCAAAGGCCCUGCAGCCUGCAACCCCUUGGGCAGCCCCCCAGCCUCUGCCACUGCUGAAGGCCCAGGAGCUUCGUUCGAAAUUCGAAUGCCCCAACCAGGAUCUUCCUCCAAGGAGGAGAUGGCCCAGAGAGUCCAUAUCGGUUCAUGCUUCCUUGAGGACAUUGCCAUCGGCAACAGCAACAGAAUGACUAUCAGCUCGGAGACAGCUGGUCCAGGAGGAGUUGCAAAGGAG